UCGAGGAAGAAGAAAAUAAAGAUUUUGAAGGGUAGACCCCAUUAGAGAGAGAUCAAAAAGAAAGAUUUUUCCACACGCAAAGGGUUCCUCUUAUGGAUCAUGUCUUCAUCUAGUAGAGAGCUCUCGUUAUUGAUUUGAAGCCCUAAUGAGAUCAAUCGACCAUCGUCUAAUGGAGGAAUCGUCUUCCCCUUCUUCCCACUAUUUCUCUAUUUUCACGAACUACCCUCUGUUUUCCGCCGUAUUAGCUUUCACCAUCGCACAGUUCAUCAAGUUCUUCACCACCUGGUAUAAGGAAAAGAGAUGGGAUCUGAAACGGCUUGUUGGGUCUGGAGGAAUGCCUUCUUCACAUUCAGCAACUGUUACAGCUCUUGCUAUGGCCGUUGGUUUACAAGAAGGCUUUGGAGGAUCUCUUUUCGCUAUGGCUUUCAUUCUCACUUCCAUUGUUAUGUAUGAUGCAACUGGUGUAAGAUUACAUGCUGGACGCCAAGCUGAGGUUCUCAAUCAGAUUGUGUAUGAACUUCCUUCAGAGCAUCCCCUCGCUGAAAGCAGACCCUUGCGUGAACUUCUAGGUCAUACCCCUCCACAGGUCAUUGUGGGUGGGAUCCUGGGAACUGCUACAGCAGUUGUUGGCUACUUAGUCACCUUGACAGCCAAGUAGCCUAAGGUGCAGCAAGAGCUCACCUCUUCUGAUCCAUCCUGUGUGAAAGCCUCUGGUAUGUAGCUGAAUCAGCCAUGACAAGGAAACUGGGUGCAUGGACCCAUGUUUCUUUCCGGUGCUCAGCUUGUAUCAUUAACAACAUAGUAUAGGUUUGGGUCUUGUAAAGGAAACAUGAAAAAAAGUCAUUACACGGAUCUAUGAUGUGGUAACAGAGGAGCUUUUGCCUUGAACUAACAAACGAGUAUGAUAUGUUUAGAUACAGCAGGAUCAUUACUUCUAAACUCAGAUUUAUGAAAACCUCUAUAUCUAUAGUGGAUCUUUGUUAAAUUGCAGAGGAGGGUCAAA